CACCACUCAACUCACAUGUGUAUACACAGACGGUUUGCUCUAACUGAGUGACAUGGGCAUGACCUGUCUUGAGAGCUCAUUAAACGUUGCAUCUUUGCCCUGAUGGACCCACCUUGUUCUGACCACAUCCUCCUGGUCCUCUGUCUCCUCUUCCUGGUCUGCAUCCAUGGCAACGCUCAAGGUAAGAUGUUUCACAUCUUGUCACACAUUAGUUUUGUGUUACAUUUGAAAGGGAUUGAUAUUUUUUAAUUUUGGCAAUUUACUUAAACUUUCCUUGAACAAUAUGCUACGUACAGUGCAUUCGGAAAGUAUUCAGACUGCUUGACUUUUUCCACAUUUUGUUACAUUACAGCCUUAUUCUAAAAUGGAUUAAAUAACAAAUGUUUCUCAUCAAUACCCCAUCAUGACAAAGCGAAAACAGGUUUUUAGAAUUUUUUGCAAAUGUAUUAAAAAUAAAAAACAUAAAUAACUUAUUUACAUAAGUAUUCAGACCCUUUGCUCUGAGACUCGAAAUUGAGCACAGGUGCAUCCUGUUUCCAUUGAUCAUCCUUGAGAUGUUUCUACAACUUGAUUGGAGUCCACCUGUGGUAAAUUCAAUUUAUUGAACAUAAUUUGGAAAAGCACACACCUGUCUAUAUAAGGUCCCACAGUUGACAGUGAAUGUCAGAGCAAAAACCAAGCCAUGAAGUCGAAGGAAUUGUCCGUAGAGCUCUGAAACAGGAUUGUGUCGAGGCACAGAUCUACGGAAGGGUACCAAAACCUGUCUGCAGCAUUGAAGGUCCCCAAGAACACAGUGGCCUCCAUCAUUCUUAAAUGGAAGAAGUUUGGAACCACCAAGACUCUUCCUUGAGCUGGCCGCCCGACCAAACUGAGCAAUCGGGGGAGAAGGGCCUUGGUCAGGGAGUUGACCAAGAACCCAAUGGUCACUCUGACAGAGCUCCAUAGUUCCUCUGUGGAGAUGAGAGAACCUUCCAGUAGGACAACCGUCUUUGCAGCACUCCACCAAUCAGGCCUUUAUGGUAGAGUGGCCAGACGGAAGCCACUCCUCAGUAAAAGGCACAUGACAGCCCGCUUAGAGUUAGCCAAAAGGCACCUGAAGAACUCUCAGACCAUGAGAAACAAGAUUCUCUGGUUUGAUGAAACCAAGAUUGAACUCUUUGGCCUGAAUGCCAAGUGUCACGUCUGGAGGAAACCUGGCACCAUCCCUACGGUGAAGCAUGGUGGUGGCAGCAUCAUGCUGUGGGGAUGUUUUUCAGCGGAAGGACUGGGAGACUAGUCAGGAUCGAGGGAAAGAUGAACGGAGCAAAUUACAGAGAGAUCCUUGAUGAAAACCUGCUCCAGAGCGCUCAGGACCUCAGACUGGGGCGAAGGUUCACCUUCCAACAGGACAACGACCCUAAGCACACAGCCAAGACAACGCAGGAGUGGCUUCGGGACAAGUCUCUGAAUGUCCUUGAGUGGCCCAGCCAGAGCCCGGACUUGAACCUGAUCGAACAUCUCUGGAGAGACCUGAAAAUAGCUGUGCAGCGAUGCUCCCCAUCCAACCUGACAGACCUUGAGAGGAUCUGCAGAGAAGAAUGGGAGGAACUCGCCAAAUACAGAUGUGCCAAGCUUGUAGCGUCAUACCCAAUUAGACACAAGGCUGUAAUCACUGCCAAAGGUGCUUCAACAAAGUACUGAGUAAAGGGUCUGAAUACUUAUGUAAAUGUGAUAUUUCAGUUUUUUAAUAUUUUAUAAAUAUGCAAACAUUUCUAAAAAAUAGUUUUUGCUUAGUCAUUAUGGGGUAUUAUGUGUAGAUUAAUGAGGAAAAAAAACAAUUUAAUCAAUUUUAGAAUAAGGCUGUAACGUAACAAAAUGUGGAGAAAUUCAAGGGGUCUGAAUACUUUCCGAACGCACUGUAUAUGAUCAACAAAAGUCAGUCAGAGAGGGGUGAUGGACAGUGUCAAAGUGUAACUUCUCAACCGCAAUUUGAAUAUGACAGGUCUUCACGUUUUCAUUUAUGUUUUACCAGUGACCAGUAUGAUCCCUAUCAGUAGUAAUUUUGUAAAUUGAUUCCAUGAUCUUUUCUCACACCAAGGCCCAUGUGAAAUUGAGGUGCAAAUCAAAAGAAACACUGUUUGGAAUGCUGUCCCUCAGAAACGGCUGACAAUCAACUGCCCUGUGAAACAUUGUGGUGAAACCUUACGUGUCACCUGGUGUAAAUUUGAGGACGCCAACUGCAAACAAAUACAUGAGACAGAGCAAGUCAAAAUUGGAUGGAAACCAUUUGAUAGAUGGUCAGAAGAUCGUAUUGCAUUUUUGGAUUUUAAGAAUAUAUCUAUCAAUGACAAUGGUUCGUACAGAUGUGGAAUGGCUGGCAAUAAAUCAUCAAUUAUUAGCCAUGCUAUCAAUGUCUCUGUCUCAGGUAACCAAGCAAAGCUUAUUUUUGUUCUCAAUUAAUUGUUUUAAAAUGAAUAAAAUAGAUACUCAGUUGAGUCAUUGUUGUUUGACACACUUAUUUCUAUAGAUAGCAACCUGAAAAUGACAAGCACAACAGACCACAACACAAGUAGGACAAUGUUUUAUGAAAUUACAGACAUUCAAUCACAUUACAUCAGCUAGUAGGCCUAUAUGACAACUGUGUAUGGUGUUAAGACCUCUGUUUCUACUCUAACAGACGACUCACCAAAUGCAAAGCUUGAUGAGAAAUAUCUGAGCUGGAAACCGUAUGUUUACAUCUGUGUGGGAAUAGUACUGCUGGUGGUCAUGGUGACAGCAAUCUCCUUCCUCUGUCUUUAUGGAUGUAAAGGUGAGUAAUGCUGUUACCCAUUUAAAACUGUAGAAACAAAGAGAGUCGCACACUCCAUAUGUAUAUUGGGUAAAAAAACCACCAACGUUUCGGCAUCACUGUGUUUUUUUUACCCAAUAAAUGACUGGGAGGUUAUAGAUAUGGAGUGUGCAACUCUCUUUGUUUUUAUAGCUUAUAGUUUAUUCACCGUUAGUCAGCACCUCUACAGUACACUAAAUCAUUUUCUCUGGAUGUGCGUCAGCUCAUGUUUUUUAUUAGACCCAUUUAAUACUGAAAACUUUUAUUUUGUACAAGGUUGAAAUACAGCAAACAUGUCACUUUAACUUUCUACAACAUACACAUUUUUUCAGGAUCUACAAGGUCAACAAAUAACAGGAUAAUGGAGCAGGUAAGGAAAUCUUAUAGCAUCUUACUAUUAACCAAUGGGUAAUUUGCUACCAUGACAAAACUGGUCCUCAAUACACUAAACUUGUACAAAAUAGAAGCCUUGUUGUCCUGACUUUGUCGAACUGUUUUUCUCUGUGUUUAAUGGAAAUGUCCACACAGGCAGAACCAUGUCCAGACCUCUCCUCCUGCUCUAAGGGAACCUUUCCAUCAUCACCUUCCACACCAAACCCUGCCCAGUCCAACAAUUUCUACAACAAUGGUCCCUAUGGCAAAAGCUUAAACAGGGAAUCGCCACACAGCCUCCUGGUGACAAACGGAGCUUUGCCUUCCUCUGACCUCACAGCUGGAGGUCAAGGGUCAAACUACCUUGUGUACGCUGCCCUGAACCACCAGACCCCUAGAGGGUCCCCGAAACCCCCCCAUAUCCCAACCCCCCAGGAUGAAUGCUCAGAGUACGCAGCCAUCCGGGUCUACUGA